UUUUUGUUUGUCUCCAGUCUUCCUCGCUUUUUACUUCCUUUCGAGCGUGUUGACUUUUUUACAUCAUAUUUUUGGUGUUUUUUUUCGCGUUUUUCAUGUAUUUUUAUCAUUAAUAUUCACGUUUUGUGCUCUAUGGAGUCAGGAUGUCUUCGACAUGUCCAUAUAUUCUGGUAAAGACCUCGCAGUUGUUCACUGCCGCGCGAAUUACGAGCCAAAACGAGAGCUUCAAAGAGGGUCUGUCAUCGAACAAGAUCGUUCAGAAACUUUCUCAACUUAGCACCAACUUAAAAACGUUAAAAAUUGAAACCGGCGGUUAUUUCAAACCACCAAGGUUGAGUUUAGAAGAACUGUCGACGAUUGCGAGCAAUAUUUGCGUUCAAAUCAAAGAUCAGAAGUUGUUAAAUUUGCACACAGAGGGAAGCGAACACGAGACUUUUUAUAUUGCUGACAAUGAUAUUGAUGAGAAUGUUGGCUAUGAGGAGAGUCACAUGCACAUUGCAUGUAAUGAACAUUUAAGUGUGAAAAAUAAGGGUGUUUUGGUUGAGAAAACAGAAAAAUAUUUUGCACAGUAUGGUAUCUCAGAGGAUGAACUGCAUAGGUAAGCAAGGGUAUGCUUGUGACAGGGUCACAGGCCAGCUGAAUAUGGUAGCAUCCAUCCAUAUGAUCAAAUUCACUUUUCCAAGCAGGUCGGUGCACUGUCGUAAACAUGCUGCGCUGUAUCUACGAUGAUUUAUAGCAGUGCAGUUGAACUCUUAUUAAUGCACUUAAAUUAGGGAUGUUUUGAAUGUCUGCUAAGAUGUGUCUGUUGGAUGGAAGUGGUUAACGGCAUGUUAAGGCCCAUCUACAUGAUAAUCGUAUACAAUUCUUAUCCUGGUGUAUGUAUUCAAAUAAAUGCAUGUAAAGAUGUCACAUUUCAAACUUCGUCAUCAACUGAUGAACAGGAGUAGUGGUGUCAACAGUCGUUUCCAUAUGCCAGAAUGACAAUCAUAUGCGAGUAGUCGUGUUGUGUAAAUGGGCCUUCACACGAGGGAAUUUCUGACAUGGAGCCAAUGUUAUCUAAAGUAGUUGCAGGAAAAUUACGAGCAUGGUCCACAGUUUAUUUCUUUCAUUUUUCAUUCCUUAAUUAAGAGUAUGUUUCUUAAAGAAAGAAUGUGAGCCAUGCUCUUUGCGGCAAAAAUUUGCUCAUGCAACAUAGCCUUUAUCCAGAUGAGAUUUUUGUUAGGUUGUAUGUUUUCGGAAAUGACAACUGCAUAGAGUUUAGAAGAUCCUGCAUACAUGUCAUGUUGUUUUGUAGCUGUGUAAAGGAAAUAAAAAAUAUGAAAAAGAAGCAAUGGUUGCUGGAGCAAAAUGAACACAAGACAGAACAAGGAUGGGUGAAGUUUCUACAACAGAAAGAUUUGCUUGUCUGGAGAAGACCUUUGAAUGAAAAUGGCUUACACCAGUAUAAAGGUAUAAUGUCAAAUGAAAAAGGAUUGCUAGGGAUGCAAGUAUGCAACUACCUGAAAAAUACAAGGGGAACUUUGAUAUUUCAAGCGGCAAGCGAAGGCCCUUCGUCGGGAAGUUACAAGCAAGGGUUGGGAAAAUUACAUGAGCUUUUAUACGAGUGCAUGUAAAAGCGAUAACGUUGUUUAAAACUGCUCAGCUAACCUAAAUUUGCUUUAAUUUCAUAGUGUUUGGCACAUUUUUUGACAUUUCAUCAGAAGCUUUUUUCAACUCUCAAGUAAGUGUAUUAAUUUCGUACCCAAAAAAGCAUUUUCGUACCCAAAAAAGCAUAUUGAAAAACUGACUUGUUAAUUAAGCAGUAUGCCCUAACCCCCCCCCCCCCCGGAUUUUUCUUCUCCGACACCCGACUAUUUUGCACUUCAAGGAGUGUUCAUCAGUUUUAAGUGCUGUUGCUGUUUCCCUUCAGAGUUCAUCUGUAAAUAGUUUUGUCUCCAUAUAUUUGAUAUAUGUUAUUGCUAUGAUUUCAGAUUGAUCUGCAGUACAGAAAAUGCUGGGAUAAAUAUGCAGUCUCUUUGGAUAUCAUCGACAAAUCUUCAAAAUGCGGCAGCGAGGUUGUUCACUGGGUGACAAAAUUUCCAGUGAGUGAUAUAAUUUAAACUUUACAAAAUACCACAAUGUAACAUUCUAAGUGUUGUACCUUUGUAAGCGCUCCCCCCUCCUAUUAGAACUUUUUUGAAAUUUUUACAAUGUAUUUUGUAGUAUCCGUUGAAGAGCCGGGAUUACGUUUUUGUUCGAAGGUCUAAGGUAUUAAACUGCUUUGGCGGAACCGAUUUACCUUGCAUAUUAAUUUGCUAUAAAAUUGUUUGUUAAAACAAAAACGUUUCUUUUUUUUUACCAGAUUGAUACUGCAUCAAACACCAUGGUUCUGGUUUCAAGGCAUGUGUUUUAUUGACGAAUAAACAAUUUUAUGAAUAAACUCUAAAUUUAAGAUGAAUAAACAUCUUCACUCACUCUACAAACUAGAGAUUAACAUGUCAUCCAUAACUUCAAAAUAGCUUGCUCUUUUGUACUGUAUGAUAAAAAAUAAAUGCGAUAAAUAGUUGUGCAUUGGUUAGAAAGAUGGCAAUCCGAGAAAGACCCAGUGAGCAACUGGGCUGACGAAUACACCCUUCCGGAAAGUAUGUCACUAUAGAGCCUCGUUUUCAUGUAUGUGGACAUUAGUUUAGGCCUAAUGUCUCAAUCGCGAAAACGAGGCUCUAUAGCCAAGGUGACAUACUUUCUGGGAGGGUGUAUUGUUGAUAUGAUCAGCUAGUAGGUGAUGGAUGUAAAAAUUGAUGAUUAUCAGCAUCUCCUGAAAGGUUCCCCAAUAACUAGACUGUUAGUGCUUGACAUUUCACUUUUUUGUUUAGAGCCUCGAGCCACGAAAAUUGUCCAGAAAGUGAAGAAUAUAUUCGUGUCAAAGAUUACGAAUCUCAAAUGGUUGUUAAACCUCACAAAACCUUUCGAGAGGUAAACAAAAUGUUCUUGACUACGGCUGGGCUUGCUAAAUAAUCAUAAUUCGUAUAAAAUUAUUUUCUAAAGUUGUUUUACAUGGGUAAAUCAGGACGGUGUAAGCUUGAAUAGAAUUGCCGCAACUAUAAACGCACCACGAUAUACCUGCUGUAAUUUCGGCUGUACACUGCAGUAGUUGAUAUCGCUUUCUUUUCAGAAUGGCUUUGACUAUGUGUUGACCUACCAUGAUGAUUCACGAGUGAAUGUUCCGAAAUUUUGCGUGAAUAUGAUCACUGGUUCAGGUAUGGUUACUACCUGAUACACCUAUGCUGAUUACCAGAUACACCUACUAUAUUAUAACAUACCUGUCAUUAGUUGUGUCUGAAUUACCUGAAAAAUUUAAAACACUUCGGAAAGGACUUUUUCAUCAGGAGGGAACUAACGUUACCUCCUGGCGACGAGUUUUUGCUCAAAAUGUAGUCGUUGUGGUUUUAAUAUUUUCAGCUAGUUCAUACACAAACCACGGUAAUCCUACAGUGGACUUCCACGUUUGAGACACCAUAACAAACUGCUGUUCUACCAAUGCUAGGUUACACCAUGGGAUCAUAAAAAUACUUCUAACUAUCCAUGGUUACACAUAGACCCCCUAGUAUAAAGUAGAUGUGACCCCCACUCGAGUUAUGUCUUAGUGAGUACAAAGUUUAAUUAACUGGGGGAAAAUUAUGUGAAUUGAAAAUUCCUCAUUACGAAGCAUUUUGAAGAAUAUCAUCUUUGAAUUUUCAGCUGUUCCUGAUUUCGUGAAGACUCUUCAUGACGCGGCUGCCAACAUGAACAAAUAGAAAUGAUAUUUUAAAGAUACUGCUACAAAAGUUGAAUAUCAUUGUAGAGUGUUUUUUCAGCAGAAUAAAUAUUUUUCAACUAUAC